AUGGCCGACCUCACCACUCUCGGCGAUCCGACAAGUGAUCAACUGCCCAUCGAUACGGGUGACCACGAUGGCGACGUCACUGAUGCGAACAACGACAACGACAAUGACAAUGAGAAUGACAACGACGAAGCACCCUCGACCUACAACAUCGUCUGUGAAGCGGCACCUCCUGAGCGACGUUUCCCAUCCUUUGAGGCGGCCAUAGAGUUCGGCAACCAGUGGUCGCGCGAGAAUGGCUUCGACCUUGUCCGCAUCAACAAGGGCAAGCAAGGCCGCAACCCUCAGGGCGUGACUUACAAGUUCUUGUGGGAGUGCAAGCGUCAUGGCAAGCCCGCAAACACUCGCAAGUUGACGCCUGAUAGACGACAGCGAGCAGCUCGUGGUUCGGUCAGAAUGGGUUGUCGCAUGCGCAUCGUCCUCGUCGCCGUCGAGCCUCAAGUGCCUCAGGGCGAGUGGCAGAUCAGACACUGCGGGCGCAACGGCCACAACCACGGUCCUGACAAUGCUGAGACUUUCCCUGCCGUCCGCCGUCGUACCCGAACUCAUGAGAUGGACGUCUUUAUGGCUACACAACUGCGUCAAGGUCUGUCGAGAUCAGAGACGCUUCAACUUGUCCGUCAACACUGGCCAGAUGCUCUGGUCACUCGCCAGGAUAUCGGGAACUUUGCAAAGACUUUUGCCCAGAAGAUUGGAGCUUCUCGUUUGACCCCUGAAGCCACUCCCGACAACUCACCGAUGCCGCCUGUGCCUUCAUCAUCUACCAACGUCGCUCCGAUUGCACCAGCCAACACUCAACAUGCUCAGCAUUCUCAACCUCAACACCCUCUCUCACACCCACACCAACACCCUAUGCAACCACUCGGCAUGCCUAUCCAGCAGCAGUCUGCCAACGAUGCCACUCGAGCUGCUUAUCAGGCCGGCUACCAAGCAGCUGUUGAACAACAUCGCAUCAACAGUGACCUCAAUCAUCGCGUACAAGCUCUGGAGAGUUCUCUCCAAGUCCAGGAUCGCAUCGCUGCUCUCGAGCAGACUGUCAAUAAUCUCACUCAACUCAUCAUGAGUGCGUACAUGCCUCACAUACAGCAUCCUCAAUCUUGA